AUGUUGGUGCGGACUUUUCUUCGUAAUGGCUUCGGCCUGUUGGUCCCCAUAACCAUAGCCUGUUCCAUCUAUUUGUAUUUGUACCCUUUCUUCAGUCAAUGCGCAUUUCCGUUGCCCUCCAGAGAUCCCGAGGCGGCCUUUGAGGUAACGAAGCAGUUGCACUGGCCGUACGCAGACGCAAACGCACGAGAUGAAGCAAAUUCAUUACCGACCAAACAAGCCCCUUUUCGACUGCUGGCCCUCGGCGAUCCCCAACUUGAGGGUGAUACGUCCAUUCCCAUCGAGUACCUAGGCAUCUUUCCGCAUGUCAAGACAAUAUUCCAGCGGCUCACGUUUCAAAUAUGGCAUGAUUCAUUCAGAGAUAGAAUACGAAUAAUACUACACGACAUCAUUGACAUAUUCUUUGAGGAUAUCCCCUUCAUCUUCGAGUCGUAUCGCAAGCGGUUCGACCUGUUCGGCAACGAUUUCUACCUAGCGCACAUCUACAGAACAUUGCAUUGGUGGACACAGCCUACUCACGUCACUGUAUUGGGAGAUCUUCUGGGCAGUCAGUGGAUCGAAGAUGACGAGUUCGAGCGGAGAGGGCGACGGUUUUGGAAUCGUACGUUCCGCGGUGGCGAGCGUGUUCCUGACGAUGUAGCCAUGUGGCCCAAUCUCGAAUACAAUCUGUCGGGCAUACUAGACGGCUCCUCAGAAGAACAUGUCUGGACCCGACGGAUAAUGAACGUUGCCGGUAACCACGACAUCGGCUACGCCGGCGACUUGACCCCUGAGCGAAUGGCACGAUUUGAGCGCGUUUUUGGCAAGGCAAACUACGAGCUACGAUUCGAGCUGCCCGUGACCGAUCCCGAGACAAACGCUACGAUUCAAGACCCGGAAACAAACCCCCAAUCUGUACGACUGCCCCCGGAACUUCGAAUUGUCGUGCUCAACGACAUGAACCUGGACACACCCGCGAAAGAUCAGGGGCUGCAGGACGCGACAUACAAUUUCAUCAACGCAGUCAUUGGCACAGCAUGUGCUGUUGAAUACAAGGGGCAAUUCACAUUGAUACUAACCCAUAUCCCGCUCUACAAACCAGCAGGCGUCUGUGUUGAUGCACCAUUCUUCGACUUCCACGGCGCCCAAGAUGGCGGCGGUGUUAAGGAACAAUACCUUUUGAGUGCCGACGCCAGCAAGGGCCUUCUUGAAGGCAUUUUCGGCGUCAGCCGUGAUCCUCAGGCAUCUGGUCAAGGCUUAGGUCGUCCCGGGCUUGUCCUCAACGGACACGAUCACGCCGGCUGUGACACGUACCACUUUGUCAACCAAACGAACGGCACCAAUGCGGACGAACGAUCCUGGGAAUCACGCAAAUGGCAAGACGCAAAAUUGUCAAACGUCCUCGCACUGCAACAACACCCUGGGCGUCGAGAAAUUACCGUCCGUAGCAUGAUGGGCGAUUUUGGCGGGAAUGCAGGCCUCCUCAGCAUGUGGUUCAACCAUGAGACGUGGGAGUGGGAGCAUGAAUACGUGGAUUGUCCCCUUGGACGACAGCAUUUCUGGUGGAUGACACAUUUCAUGAUCUUUGGUGUACUAUUUUUUGGUCUCUCAUACAUUGGGGUGGCGGUUUUGGAAGCACGAGGCGUCGAUGUAGAUGCCCAUCUUCACCAAGCAUUCAUCUGGGCACGGCACAAGGUGGAAGAGUGGCAGAAGAAGAGGAUGGAGCGCAAAAACGGAGUAGUACCGAAUGGGAAACCCAAGGGAAAGUCAUGA